UAUCAAUUGCGCCGCACCCACAUAGCAUCCAGCAUGCCACCAAGGAUACACAUCAGACCGCGGGCCCUCCGUCUUAGAACUCCCGCCCCCGUCUCGCGAAUCGCAACCGCCGGCUAUGCCUCGGUAGCACACGUCAAGCCGACUCCUGCGCCUGCGUUCGAGCGCGGCGACAGGCCAGCAGCGCCCAUUGUGCUCUACCCUGCCACACAGCCUCCCUCACACAAGCGCCCCGAGGAGCGCAAGACCCAAUUGCACAGGCAGUACCAGUCGCUGCUGAAGUCAUCACCGUUGAUGCUCAUCUUCCAACACAACAAUGUCAAGGCCGUAGAAUGGAUGAGUAUAAGAAGGGAACUGGCCAUUGCUCUGCGUAAGAUUGACGCCGAGCUUGUGGCAGCCGGCCAGGAACCCAUCGCCGACCAGAUCAGGAUUCAGGUCAUCCAGACCAACAUCUUCGCCAGUGCCCUGAAAGUCGUCGAGUUCUUCACGCCGUCUGAAGUCCCGACCGAUCACCCGACCGAUCCUCGCACACCAACAAGCGCACGAGUACCUUUGACCGGCAACAAGGUCGACGACGAGCGCUUCACACACGGUCUAUCGAGGCACGCAUAUGAGGUCGCCAACGACAGGAAGCUCAAGCACGACCUCGAGCCCCUCCUCUCCGGCCCUCUCGCCGUCGUAGCAUUCCCCCAGGUAUCACCGCAAUAUCUCAAGACCGUUCUCCAAAUCCUCUCGCCGUCAGCGCCCGCUUUCCCCGCGCCGAAGCGCAAAGCGAACCCCGACUACUACGAGCCCGCUGUACAAUCCGGUCUGCAGAAGCUGAUGCUGCUUGGCGCGCGAGUAGAGGGCAAGGUCUUCGAUCUCGAGGGCACCAAGUGGGUGGGCAGCAUACCCGGUGGUAUUGAUGGCCUGCGUGCAUCGCUCGUACAGAUGCUGCAGGGCAUUGGUGGCAGUCUCACAAGCGCGCUCGAGGGCGCGAGCAGGAGUCUGUACUUUACAGUUGAGAGCCGGAGAAUGGAUAUGGAAGAGAAGGAGAAUCCCAAGGAGGAAGAGGAGAAGAAGGAGUAGGUGCUCUGGGGUACGCGUGGAGCCCCCUGCAGAAUUCUGCAUGUGUGUAAAUAUACUGUAACAAAGCGUGCUAAUUCACGUUCUUAGCGGUCACACAAUGACUGCGCUCCGGUAAAUCUUGCCCGUUGCUGUUUGGGCUAACGCUUUCUCU